AUGAGAGCGCUGUCUGCGCGGACCUCUGCACUAUAUGUCCACGAGGGCAUUGCACAGACCACUGUCGAUGCCCUCACAACCCACCAGCAACGCUUGCGCAUUUACCCUCCCACUGCUAACCCCGCCGAGCACAUGUGUACACGGUCAAUUGACCGAGUAUUGUCUGUCUGUUUCUACUGGGAGUAUAAAGAAAAACGGGCUUUAUUUACUAAAUGUUGUUUUACAUUCCAAACGAAAAUAAAUUAAAAAUGUGUAUACAUAUUUUUCGUACAGAGGAGGUUAAGAUGGUCUUUAUGUUUUGUAGGGUUUAUUGUCCAUCAGGAUGCCUCACUACAAAUCUGACUGUAUGGGGAACAGAUAUCUACACAGAGGUAAAAACAUACUUAAAGUUUAUCUCCACCAAAUUGUACAAAAAUCUCGUGUUCUUUACCACAAACAUUCUGUCUAUUAACAUAUGAAAGUAAAAUGCAGAAUCGGUGACUAUUUUUUAUUCACUACCCAACCUCAGGUUCCCCUUUAGCUAAAACAAAGGGAACCUAGAGUGAGUUCUCUGUGGCAAUAAUCAGCACACUCACUCUUCAUGGAGUAACAUCCAUUACCCCAGCUAUAUUGAAGUGAAUUUGUCAUGGCAAUGAAGUGGCUUGGGUGCAGUGGCUCUUUAGUCUUAACUCUGCAAUCUAAAACAAUGCUGUUUAAUAGAUAUGGCAAUGUUUUCAUUGAAGGGCUUAACACACCUUCUUGUAACUGUCUUCCUGACAGCCACUAGAGGUUCUUAGGCUGUGAGAUCCGAGUCAGACUUGGUUCUUACACAUCACCUCCUCUGAAUACUUAUCAUAGAGAAUUUGAUCAGAGGAGUACAGCGCUCACCAAUCAUGAGUUUUCACCCCCACUGCUCUUCUAUGAGAAACACUGGAUUGUACGAAAAGACGAAAAAGCAACUUCUGCUUGAUGAUGAUGUACUGUGUGAGUCUCAGCACUGAAAAAAAGUUAAUUAAAACCCUUUUUCCUUUUUUUAACUUCAUUUAAAGGGAAACUCUAGUGCCAGGAAAACAAUCCGUUUUCCUGGCACUGCAGGUUCCCUCUCCCUCCCAUUCCGCCAAUCCCCGGUUGCUGAAGGGGUGAACACCCCUUCAGUUACUUACCAGAGGCAGCGACAUGUCCCACGUUGCUGCUUCUUCCUCCGCCGCCGCUCCUCCCAGUGAUUGCGUCGACCGGUGGGCGAGACUGAUCCCGCCCACCGGCCGGGGAGACCUAAUUUAGAGCUCCCCAUAGGAAAGCAUUGAAAAAUGCUUUUCAAUGCUUUCCUAUGGGGAAAUGAGCGACGCUGGAGGUCCUUACACAGUGUGAGGACGUCCAGCAACGCUCUAGGACAGCUUUUCUGUGCUGUGGACAAGGAAGUGCCCUCUAGUGUCUGUCUAGUAGACAGCCACUAUAGGUGGAGUUAACCCUGCAAUGUAAUUAUUGCAGUUUAUAAAAAAACUGCAAUAAUUACACUUGCAGGGUUAAGAGUAGUGGGAGAUGGCACCCAGACCACUCCAAUGGGCAGAGGUGGUCUUGGUGCCUGGAGUGUCCCUUUAAGGGGGGGGGGGCUAAAUCUAAACAGUGAGGAGACACUAUAGCAUUGGAAUAUAUGUUUAUAUUUGUAACGCUAUGGUGUGCCUUUCACUAACAUGAAUUCCUUAUGCAUUAACUGUAUAAUUUGUCAUCAUUAUAAAUAUUUAAUUACUUUACUAAUUGUUAAUUGAAUACUCACCUCACUGCAGCCAUCUUAACAGUUCCCUUACUGUAACACCCACCCCUGGCCUGCCUUCUUUCCAUCGCACCCAUAAACUUUCUAGUAAAAUUUAAAGGCUACUGUCUUAUUAACAAUAAACAAAGCAAUUAAACACAGUUGGCCUAUUUCAAUUGUAUUCUGAGAUUGUGAUUAUUUAUUAUCCAGUGAAAUAGUCAUCAUGGUAUUGACCAUGGAAGGAUGAUAUUCAAAACAGGCAAAAAGAGCCUAUUUGGGGGGGAAGAAAGUUUAAACAUGGCUAUUUUAGUCUAAUUAGCCAUUCAAUUUUCAAUUCACUGCAAUUUGGUGUUUAGUGAAUAAAUCCUUUUGUCGGGAAUCAAUCUAGCACUGUAAGUUCUAUAAAUUAUAUAGCUGGAGCACUAACCACUGAGCUAUCUUAUAUUAUUCUAAACAGUUCAUGGCAGUAACAUUGUAACUUGUGAAAAUUGCUUUAGAUGUGUUUAUUCUCCAUUUCCAGAAUUCCUCCAUAUGUCUGGCAGCUAUCCAUGCUGGAAUUAUUACAAAUGGGGGAGGAUAUGUGACCGUGGAGAAAGUGGCUGGACAAUCGAACUAUACAGGAUCCACCAGGAAUGAACUGACAAGCCUUAGUUAUAAUAAAUCCGUUAAUUCUUUUAGACUGACCACUUCCUAUUCAUCGAGCACCAGCACAACAACAGCCACUACUAAUAGCCCUUCUGCUACCACUGCCAUCAUCAAUACCACAACCACUGUUUCUGCUGUUUCUAAUAUAUCUCCCACAUCCAAUGCCAUGAGCACCACAACUGAUAAUUCUGCCACCUCGAUUCGCGCUAGCACUGCAGCUAAUUUAUCUUCCACCUCCAAUGCCAUCAGCACCACAAUUAAUAUUUAUACCACCCCGAUUCUCACUAGCACUGCAGCUAGUCUAUCUUCCUACUCCAAUGCUGCUAACCAUGCAUCUACCUUCUCUUCCACCUCUUCCAUUCCUGAUACCACUGCAUCCCACGUAUCUACCACCACCACUGCUAAUGCAACUUCCACAGUCUAUACAAUAUCUUCUACCUUGCCAUCCUCCAGUAUUGCUAGCCGUACAAGUACUUCGGCAAAACCUACAACUUAUAACCCAACCACCACAAUUUCAUCUGUGAAUGUUGGUAUGUUUUGUUAUAAGUCAAAUUAUUUUUUUUUGUGCUUUAUCGAGUAGAAUUAAAGGGAGGCUAAAUAUUUGCGUGGGUGGGCGUAUUAAUUAAAGUGAGAAUUCAAAGUGGAUUAAAAGUGCAUUUCAAAUUUAAGGUAAAAAUAUCUGAACUGGAAAAAUUAUCUAGCAGGGCUAUUUACUAAACUGAGAAGUCAAAGUGAAUUUAAGGCCAGAAUAGUCAAACUGAAAGCAUGAUUGACUUAGAUAAUUUUUACAGUUUGGCUACUGCAAUCGUAAAAUUGACUUUGACUUUGAAUUCUCACUUUAGAAAAUAACUGAUUAUUUGAUUUUAAAGGUUAUAAAAUUUAAAUCUUUACUUGUUUGCCAUGUGAAACAUCAAUGCACUAGUUUAAACUAAAUUAUCUUAAGAGAGACAAAGUAAAAAAAAAAAAAAAGUAUUUUCUCUAUAGUGUAACCAUUUGUUCUGAUUUUGAAAUGUUGAAAUAAUUUAACAGUAAUUUCCAACUCUGAAAAAACAAACAAACACAAAAGCCACAAGACUUCCACGUGUUAUUUAUUUAGUCAUAAUCAUAUUCUGUAAAGUUUAAUGGUGAUAAAGAAAACUCCUAUUACGUAGAAACAAAAGGGACACCAUAUGCAGAUGUUUUAAUACAUAAGGGAACUUAUGCAUUAACAUAAUGCAAAAAAAUAAAGAUACAAAACAAGACUUAAAGGAACACUAUAGGGUCAAGAACACAAAGAGGUAUUCCACUAUCUAUCCCCCCUGCCCUACCUUGCCCCUCUAAAUAUAGUAAAAUCUUACAUUUAUUAGUCUACUGGUGCUUACUAUGUCCCUUAUCUACAAUAUAAAUAUUAUCUACCUAUAAAUCACGUGGAAAGACACACAGUGUGUAUGUAGAGAAUUAUUUUACGUAUACAAUAUUCUUUUUCACUGUAGUAUAGAUAAAAUGACUCCCCCCAGUCCUCACAAACAACAUAUAGAAAGUAUCUACAGUAAAAGAAACAAUAAAACUCAUAGAGUAGAAGAGUUAAAUAUAACAAUAUACUAAUGUUUAACGUUGCACUCACAAAAGUAUAUUGAUUGUAGGCGUGUCAAAUAUUAAAGAUGGUAUGGAGUCCACAAUACGGCAAGGGCAUGUAGGAAAAAGUAAGAAUAUAAAAUAAGUGCAGACUCGUGGACAUUUAUAUCUUGCGCUUAGAUGAAUAAACACUUACAGACUUUUAAGUGAUAUAUGGGCAUAUCGUGUCCAACAGAUGUAAUCUCUAAUCAGCAUCCACAGAUAGUCACCAUCAAGGAUGAGGAGAAUUGCUUCUGGAGGCAGCAGCAAAUAAAAGAAACAUUAGUAUAUUGUUACAUUUUACUCUACUACUCUAUGAGUUUUAUCUUUUCUUUUACUGUAGAUACUUUCGAUAUGCCCUUUAUCUGCCUCCUUGGCUGACAUCAUCAGAAGUGAUGAUCUGAGCCAAUCACUAUGUUUUCCCAUAGAAAAGCAUUAGAUUGGCUGAGCUUGUCAAGGAGGCUGAUCAGGGGCAGAACCAGAACAAGCCAAACACAGCCCUGGCCAAUCAGCAUCUCAUCAUAGAGAUACAUUGAAUCAGUGCAUCGCCAUGAGUAGAGUUCAGCGUCUUCAGCACUGCCGCAGGAAGGAUGUCUAGUAGCCAUCUUAAGAGUGGCAACUGAAGGUACCCCUAGGCCUUUUCUCUGAAAAUACAGUGUUUACUGCAAAAAGCCAAAGGUGUCUGAUUAUACUCACCAGAAAAAAUAAAGUCACCAGAACAACAAUGUAGUUGUUCUGGUGACUAUAUUGUCCCUUUAAGUCUUAAUUUCCCUUGCUUGAUGCCAAUCUGAUGCUUCUGUUUGAAAAAGAAAGGGACAGAAAUUCCUCAAUAAUUCCUGGUUCUCUUAUUAAUUUCAGUGACCAGUAUUUACUAAAGUUAGAUUUCCUUAGUCCAGAUUUGUAUGCAGAAUUCAAAAUCCCAACAUCAUUUAAAUUAUUUGAAGCAACACUCCGGGCACCAUAACAACUUUGACUCAAUGAAGAUGUUAUGGGGCAUGAAAGUUCUGGGCAUCAUCUUAUCUUAAGAGGUUAAACUGUUUAUGAAAUGAUACACUUUCAAUUCUCAACAAUUCAUACUUUAGUGAAAAACCCUGUUUGUGGAAAUUGAAUCUUCCACAAAUAUUCAAAAAUGUAAUCUUUGUUAAAUAUUUUAGAAUGUAUGCGAUCUGUCCUUGUUUUUUUUUUUUUUUAAACUUCUAGGAAAUUCUAUUUCUUGCACGUCUACAAGACAGAAUUGCACAUGUUGACAGUGUGCAGUGUAUUACAAACACAACUUUCUAUUCUUUAUUUUCUCAUUUUUUUACGGUUUUAUAGCUUGAUCUGUGUAAUUUCACAAAUACGACAUUAUGGUAUAACAAAUUAUGUUUUUCAGGUUUAGUAAAAUGUUUUGACCCAGCAAAUCUUUACAACGGGGAUAUCAUAACGUAGGUAGACAUUUCAAAUCACACCUUUUUAAAAUGAGAAUUAUAAAAGAUGUACUCCACUGUCCACAAAUGAUUUUGAUUAUAAAAGGUGAUUGUAAAAACACAUUUCAAAACUUCAUAAAUGUAAACUAUAGAUUAUAGGUAGUACAAGCUUGACAAAGACCUCUCAGUAGGUGGAUACAUCAUUUGCUUUCCUGGAACCUCACAAAAUGAUGGAUUGUUUUUUACAAACUAUGGCAUGCUUAACUAUCCUUUUCUAUUCAUAUCUCACUGGACAGAGGAACCAGAGAACCAUGUCCUCUUGUUAAAUAUAUCUGAGUAGCGUUAAUUGUGAGAGCGCUAGUUACCAAUCUUGCUAUCUGAUGUGGAGAAGGCCAACAGCAAGGAUGUGCAUGGGCAAAAAAUUUGGUCAGGUUCAACACUUCCAAAAUUCGGGACUUCUGAAAUUCGGACUUCAGCAAUUCCCUAACCCCUACCCCUAACCCUACCCCUUAAGAUUAACCCUACCCCUAACCCUAACCACCACAACCACUUACACAUCUAGGGUUAGAAUUAGGGGUAGAGUUAGGGGUUAGGGUUAGAUUCCUGUCAUCAUUUACGUAAUUUUCCCUCCCUCUCUUGUUUUGCCACUUUUCAGAAAUCUGCAGCACUUCAGCCCUUCCGGAAUUCGUCACUUCGGCAAUUCGGUUCAGUGCUUCCAAAAUUCGGCACUUCGGCAAUUCUGAUGUUCAGAAGCAUCCAAAUGUCUGAAUUGCCAAAAUUCGUCUGAAUUUACAUUCAGAACGAAACAAAUUGCACAUGUCUAGCCAACAGCCAUCCGGGACAUAGAGAGGUAUGUCUAGGAUUUAGACAUACCUCUCUAUUUUGGGUUGGGUGGCUACAGGCCACAUUAAAGUAAUUAGAGUGCUGGAAAUGGUCAAUACUUUGAGACCCCUAUUUCAACAUGCAUGUUUUACACAUAAAUGUGUCAGUGUAAUAUGAUACGCAUAGUAACGUACAUCAUGCACAUCAUGCACAUGUUGCUAUAAUGUGUGUGUGAUGUAUGCUUGUUUGUUGUGUGUAGAAUGUACAUGUGUGUCAAAUAUGUAUAAUGUGCGUGAUGCAUGUGUAGCAAAAACAUAUUGGCACUUGAUGGGACACUGCUCGGUGUGCUAAUUAGAACAAAACGAUGCACUCCCAUGACAGUGAUUUAAUUGUACAAUUCUACGAAAUUUGUUGGCGCUAUAUAAAUAAUAAAAUAAUAAUAGCUAUUGCACUAAAAAGAAAAAGAAUAAUCAACAUUUCAAAUAUAUAUAUAUAUAUAUAUAUAUAUAUACAUACAUACACCUAGGCAUAACUAGAAAUCACGGGGCCCCAGUGCCAAAAUUGCCCUAGGGCCCCCACCACCAUCCCCCCAUACGUGUAUCCUCCCCCUCCCAUACGUUCCACCCACAGAUGCAGACAAACAGAUACACAUGCAGACACGCACAUAGACAAACACAUAUACAGAGACACACACAUACAAACACACACAAACAUACACAUACAAACACACAUACAUACAUACAUACAUACAGACACAUACAUACAAACACACACACACAUAUACAGAAACAUAGACAGACAUACACACACACACAGACAUACAAACACAGAGACAUACACAAACAUACAUACAUACAAACAGACACACAUACAUACACACACACACAGAGAAACAUUUAUACCGUUCCUGUGGAACUCCCUUCCCUUUUCCGUUAGAUGCUCACCUAGUCUCCACUAA